UAAACUAAAUAAUCUUAUAUUCUAAUCUGAUUUUUCCGCUUACUCAAAUUGGUGCAGAUAGUGCAAAAAGUAAUAUUUUAUCAAUUAAUUAAAACGUACUUUAUAAAAAAUAGAAAGAUUUAAAAAAUUAGAAAAAUUAGUCAAAAAUAAAUUUUUAAAGAAUGUACAGUAUUGCAAAGUUUACAAUUUUUGUAAUCUAUGUGGGAAGCAGUUUAGCUGAAUUCACAACUAAUGAUUGCAAACAAUUAGGUUUUAUUAAAUCACAAUUAUUAUGCUCCUCAUGUGAAAAAUUACAUGACUUUGGAUUAGAUCAACUUAAACCUCAUUGUUUGGAAUGUUGUCAAAAAGAUAAAAUUGCUGCUGUAGAGAAAAAAUAUGCUAAAGCUAUUUUAGAAGUAUGUACAUGUAAAUUUGGUUCUUAUCCACAAAUUCAGGCAUUUAUUAAAAGUGAUCGACCUUCUAAAUUUCCAAAUCUUACAAUUAAAUAUGUACGUGGAUUGGAUCCAAUGGUUAAACUUUUAGAUAAACAUGGUAAUGUUAAGGAAACAUUAUCGAUAACUAAAUGGAAUACAGAUACAGUUCAAGAAUUUUUUGAAACUGUUUUAGAGGAACCAGAAAAACAAGAUAAUGAUUAUUUAAGAACAAAUGAAAUUUAGAAAAGUUAAAUAAAAUUUUGAUAAAAUACAUAAAAUGUAAGUUCUUAUAUUUACGUAUAUAUUACGUUUAUUACGUAAA